GAUAUAUUCAGUGCAGGAUUGCAGCACCACAACCUAUCUUCCCAUCUUCCUGUCCCACAGCAUACGACAUGGCAACACAAGUGGGGCAGACGUGAACAUAUAUCUCAGGCAUUGGCAUUCCAUGGUCCCCUACUCCCACCUAACUUCCCAAAGUCCUUGUCCAAGAUCAAUCGAGUUCGGAAACGACAAGUCAAGUAUCUGUUAUGUCUCUUCCAAUCCAGACCAUCCCCGCCCGCCGUAGAGCAGCAACAGUAGUCAAAGCUGGCAAGAAGACUAAGAUAACAAAUACCCACGGAAACCAAGUAGUCGACACAUGGGCACUCGCGCUCCCCUCUUCAGCCCUCAUGACCGCCUCUUCCAAGGUCGAAGCAGCACUCUAUCCAAACGCAACCACCGACUCGCCUGCGGCUAAUGCCGCUGCUAGUGCGCCCGAAUACAUGUCCAUGUGCUACUGCCGCGCAACGUUGCUAAAAGUUACGCCUGAAUUAGGCGAUGUGAUGGUUAGUCAGAAAAGGGCGCCAAUGGUAAAACUGGUCGAGGACAAAAGCCCUGGUGUGCAUGAUACUUUGAUUGCGGCGUGCGAUAGGUGGCGGUACAGUGAGCUGGGUGUCAAUGGAUACCACGAAAGCUGCACAGACAACUUCUGGGACACUUUGCACUCUCUUUCUACCUCGUCAUCCCUGCCUGCUGAAGAGAAAGAGGCUCUGAAGAGCCAAAGACGAAGCCAGGCAACUAUGUAGUUUUAGAGGCGUUGCGGA